CAUUCAUCAACUACAAUGACAGUACUUCCAGUUUUAUUGGUCUCAUUGGCCACCCUAUGUGCUCUGAUAUCAAUAGGUGAUGCAGGAGCAGUUUCAUCAGGAGCAGCUGCAUCUGCAGUUGCAUCUGCAGUUGCAUCUGCAAUUAGAAGUGUGGGUCCGUCUACGAAUGAGGGCAUUAUCAGAAUUGGUACAGACACUGCAAGAAGUUCAGGACCAGGUAGCUCAAGUGGAUCAUAUAAUAAUUUUGGAACUGGCGGCAACAAUGGAAACCCCGAAAGAAGUACCUCGUAUUCAAGCAGUUCUUCUGGUAACAGCAGAGACUACAAUUUCAGGAAAGGCUACAAUUAUGACUCUUCGAGCUCUUAUCCUGGUUCUAACAAUGGUGGUGCAGGAUCAAGCUCUUAUAGCAAUUCGAACAAUGGUGGUGCAGGAUCAAGCUCUUAUAGCAAUUCGAACAAUGGUGGUGCAAGUUCAAGCUAUAACAGAUUUUCGAGCGGUUAUGGGGCAGGUUUAAGCUCAAACAAUGGAGGAUCAAACAAUUUUGGCUAUUUCGGACCAUCAAACAGUGGAUCGGCAGGAAGUUACAGUAGUUCUGGAAAUGGUAACAGUCCGGGCAAUGCAGGAGCAGGUGGAGCUCUGGGUUCUUAUAACCAGGGACCUGCUGACUCUUCACGAUCAAAUAGCGGUUCUUCAGCGGGAAGUGGAAAUAGUGGUUCUGCAUCAUCAACUAGCAAUACUUCAUCCGGAAGCGGAGGAAAUAAUGGACCUGCUGCUCCUCCUGUUAGACGUCAUCACAGGCAUCCUAGACCUAGUCCUCCAGCUGCAGGCGGUGGUGAUUCUAAUGGAGACAAUGGCUCAUCAAGAAGUUCAUCAUCAAGAAAUGGUUCAUCAUCAGCCGGUAGUUCGUCUUCACAGUCGGGUGGAAAUGGCGGUUCUGGAAAGUCUAAUAGAGGCCCUUCUGCACCACAAAAUUCUCCAGCUGCAGGCGGUGGCGAUGAUUCUAAAGGAGGCAAUGGCUCAUCAUCAUCAUCAUCAAGCAGUUCGUCAUCAAGAAAAGGUUCAUCAUCAUCCAGCAGUUCGUCUUCAUCAUCGGGUGGAAGUGGCGGUUCUGGAAAGUCCAAUAAAGGGUCUUCUGACUCGAAAAACUCAGGUGGAUCUGGUGGAGAACUAGCAUCGUCAACUAAUGGUUUUGACUUCUCAUCAGUAAUUCAAGGCCUCGGCUCUGUUGACAUGGGUAAGAUCAAGACAUCAGUAGUAUCAUUUUUAAAUUGUUGCAAAGCCCUGUGCGCGGACUUGGGUCUACAGGAGUUCGGAGACAUAUUUUUUUCUAAUGCGAUAGGUUCUCUUUCGACCAGCAUGGAUAUGUUCGAGCCGUACUUCCAAACCAUUGUUGAGGUAUUGUCAAAGCUUGACUUGGGAGAUCUAGGUUCGGCCGACUUUUUCAAGGCACUUGGAGGUGGGGCCGGAGGUGCAGAUGGAGGUGCAGAUGGAGGUGGUAAAAGUAAACCUACCAGUAAGCCCUCAGGUAAAGGGAAAGGUAAAGGUGGUGCAUCGAGUGCAAGUUCUGCUUCCGGCUCAAGUGGAGGUGGAAAGUCAAAUACUAGUGGUGCUUCCGCUUCAAGUUCAUCAUAGACUGUGAGCUUUAUGUGAAGAUGACCUAACUCCAAACACUUUCAGUGCACUACAGCAGUACUCAACCGUUUUAUACCACAAAAAAAUUCUUGCAUAUAAUUUUUGCAACAAAUCUUGUUAAAAAAAAACAACCUUUCGAUUUAUCAGUUCGACCGACAAUAAAUUCUGUUC